AUGAACGAUCUCUUAGCUGGUGCUUCUGCUUUGAGCUGCCAUGUCAUGGAGGAGUGUACAGCAGGUCCAUCAUCACUGAAGCCAAGAGGAGGACAAGUAUCUCCCGCGAAAGAGACUUAUAGACAUCUUCUCAGUCCAAGUGCCCUCACACCAUCGAACCCAUUCCGAGUCAUCGCACAUUGCGAUGUCGAUGCAGCUUAUGCUCAAUUCGAAGCCGCACGGAUCGGAUCGCCGGACGAUGCGCCGCUCAUAGUGAUCCAAUGGGAAACUAUUAUCGCAGUAAAUUAUCCAGCGAGGAAGUAUGGCAUCACAAGAUGUGCCGGUAUGGGUCCCAAGGAAGCACUGGAGCUCUGUCCUCAUCUGACCGUGGUGCACACUGCGACGUUUCGACCUGGUGAAAUGGAAUCGGGUUAUUGGGAUGAUGCAAAUGUCCUAACGCAUAAAGUCAGUCUCGAUCCAUAUCGCAAAGAGAGCGCCAAAAUCAUGGCCAUCUUUAAGGAAUUGGUUCCUGCCGGAUCAGUUGAGAAAGCAAGUAUCGAUGAAGCCUAUAUCGAUCUCACGCCCGUGGUCAUUGAACAGCUCCUCGAGCGAUUCCCUUUCCUCUCUUCUGUCCCUCUCGAUGCUCCUAGAGGUCUCGAUUCUCACCUACCCCCCGCCCCGCCGAUUCAGUGGUCCCACACGGACAAUCUGCUUCCGGAUGAGGAGACGAAUGACGACAUUCCCUCGUCUCCAAUGUCUCAGCGAUCAUUGGAGGAUGAAGAGUUGCAUGUCCGGCCACGGACACCAACACCUUGGCGAGACUGGGCCCUGGUGAUCGGUGCCGAGAUCAUGACCAUGGUCAGGAAGGAGAUUUGGACGCGAUUGCAUUAUACUUGCUCUUCUGGAAUUGCUCACAACAAGGCUAUGGCCAAGCGAAAACCCAACGGUCAGACUAUUCUGCGACACUCUGCUGUGCGACGAUUCUUAGCAACUCGGGACUUUACAGAGAUCCGCAACCUUGGCGGCAAGCUUGGCCGAGCGAUCGGAGAAGAGUACGGCUCUGAGCGCGUGGAAGACCUAUUAAAUGUCACUCUGCCUGAAAUGCAGGCCAAGUUUGGCGACGAAGUCAUAUGGGUGUACAAUCUCAUUCGAGGCAUUGACGAGACGGCUUUGACAUCGAGAACACUACCAAAGUCCAUGAUAGCCUCGAAGAAUGUUCUUCCCGCCAUCACCAAGCCGUCCGAAGGGGAGCGCAUCAUCAAGCUUCUAGGCGGAGAAUUGGCACUGCGAUUAAGGGAAGCCCGGGAAAUUUCGCCUCAUCUGUGGGCAAAGACGUUGGUUCUCAGCUGGCGCAUCGGGUUUGGAUACGGUGUCAACAACGUCCGGUCCAGACAGUGCGGAUUUCCACAACUCAAUGUGCCCAAGGCAGAUGAUCCGACGAUCUCGUCUGAAAAGCUAGAAGCGAUCCAGCAUCACAUGCUGGAGGAAUUGAUAGUCAAGCUCGGACAGAGAAUGUGGGACGCUGUGGCCAAGGGGUUGUGGGUCAGAAGCAAGCAGACCUUGAUCACCACGCUCUCCAUGCAGUUCACCGGGGUUCAGAGAGUCGAGGAGGGACAAAAGGGGAUCGGCGGAUUCCUCACCGCUGGACCGCAGAAGCGUAGUCUCGAUUUGACAGAGGGCACUGAGGAGGAAGAUGUCCAACAACCACCAGCUCCUAGAGACAUCGAGACCAUUCAAAGUGAUGCUGCGAUCUCCGAUGAUGCCUCCUGGACAUGUUCGAGGUGUCAAGAGGUGCUACAAGACUCUGAAGGGCACCUACCCCUUGACCGACGGAAAAUGGAACAUGAGGAUUAUCACGCUGCGCUCGAUCUUCAAGCGUCUUUGGAGACUCGACUUGAGCCUGCAACGUCACCUCUUAAGUCCAAGCGGAGGAAGACAGGCAAUGACAUCAGACGCUUUUUCAAGCCUUCAUAG